AUGUUAGACUACAUUUGUCGAUGGUGUUCGAGGCGAGAAUGGUCAUCGCCAUCCGACGCCCGAGUCGAUCAGUCCCGGCGUGUCCUGUACUCUUCAGUCUUCCUCGGCAGCCCAGGUGAUGCCAGCAAUACGAGCAUCGGCAGCGGCGAGGGUACCGGCGAGGAGGACGACGAUACGAGCGGCAAGAAAAACCAAAAGAAGCGGGGGAUCUUCCCGAAGGUGGCCACGAACAUUCUGCGGGCGUGGCUGUUCCAGCACCUAACGCAUCCCUACCCAUCGGAGGACCAGAAAAAGCAGCUAGCACAAGACACGGGGCUGACGAUAUUGCAAGUUAAUAACUGGUUUAUCAACGCGAGGCGCAGAAUAGUGCAACCCAUGAUAGAUCAGUCCAACCGAGCAGUAUAUUCUCCGAUUUCAGUGUACACACAUCCGGGCCCAUCGGCCGGCUAUCCGGACGCGAUGAGCUACAUGAUGGACGGACAGGCGCAAAUGAUGCACCGAGCACCGGGCGAUCCAGCUUUCCACCAGGGCUACCACUAUCCACCGGCCGAGUACUAUCCGCACCAUCUGUAAGGUGGAAGCCGGACGGUUUCGGCUGUUGGGC